AACUAAUUGCAAAGAACACCCAAAGAAUCUCGUUCUUUAAUCUUUGUGGCAUUCAAACCACCGCAUAUAAUGCAAUUUGGUUAAGUGUUCAAGGCACCAUUAUGGAGACAAAAGUUCAGAUGCAGGGGUUGUCAACCAAGAAGUUAACAGGCAAAGUUGCUGUAAUAACUGGUGGUGCAAGAGGAAUUGGAGCAGCCACAGCAAAACCUUUUGCGCAAAAUGGGGCUCAUGUUGUCAUUGCUGACAUACUCGACGAUCUAGGGGUGAACCUCGCUGAGUCCAUAAGAGGCCGAUACAUACACUGCGAUGUUAUGAAUGAAGCGGAUGUUGAAUCAGCGGUGCAGCUAGCAUUAGAAUGGAAAGGCAGACUAGACAUCAUGUUCAACAAUGCAGGAAUUCCUGGCUAUGGAGGGAGCAUCACCAAUAUAGACAUCGAGAAAUUCAAGCAUCUCUUGUCAGUCAAUGUGAAUGGGAUUGUACAUGGAAUCAAGCACGCAGCGAGGGCUAUGAUUCAAGGCCAAAAAGGAGGGAGUAUCAUUUGUACAUCAAGCUCUGCAGCUUUAAUGGGAGGCCUCGGAUCGCACGCCUACACAUCAUCGAAAGAGGCUAUAAUUGGAUUGGCAAGAAGCACUGCUUGUGAGUUGGGGGUUCAUGGAAUUCGAGUGAGUUGCAUUUCUCCGCAUGGUGUCCCCUCAGAGAUGCUUGUCGAUGCCUACAGAAAAAUCCUUGGGAAGACAGACAUUGGGCCGGAAGACGUGAGUAACAUCGUCGGGGAGAGAGGAAGUCUGCUGAAGGGGAGAGGUGGAACACUAGAAGAUGUGGCACAAGCUGCAUUGUUUCUUGCCAGUGAAGAUUCUGGUUUCAUAACUGCACACAAUCUUGUUAUGGAUGGGGGAUAUACUUCUGCAAACAGUAACAUGACUUUCAUUUACCAAAAAGAAGAAAACUGA